UGUCUGUCAUUGAAAGGCGUACCUCAGAAGUACAUAAACCUUGUGAAGGCUCUUUACUCUAACACUACUAGUCGAGUCAGGGCUUAUGGCGAACUGUCUUUUACUUUUGCAACCUCAAGUGGUGUCCGUCAAGGCUGACUAAAUUGGACUUCCCCUAAAGAAAAUAUAAACGUGCAACCAUGUGAAAAAUAGCGAACUUGCCAUACCAAGGUAUUUGGCGUUAGAAAAGAAACCGUUAGUUAAAUGGAAAAGUUAAGCAAAAAUUGGUAGCUCACUUAGUAUUGGAAUGCCAUAUUAUGUUUUUAGCCACCAGAAAUUCUGUCUCUGAAUAGUUUGCGUACUUAUUUAGGACUAGGUCUAGCAGCCAUAUUGUCCACCCAGUAUUUUGACGGGACACUAGCAAAAUCACCCCAAAUACCCUGGUAUGGCCGAGAGUGGGGAGAGUCCGCGCGCUUUAACAGGGUUAGUGGACAUGGAGAGUUCACCUGGGGGGGGGGUGAAAAACCCUGAUUCCAAACCACUGGUGCACAUGGGCUCCACUAUCCUAAGGGAACAAAUGGCAUAUGAACCAAUCGUUAGUCACCGGCUACCGUGAGACUGCAUAUCGUGACGUUGCUCCACUGCCUUGUAGAUUAGAUCUUUAGGUCGAAGGCUCCGGGUGUGACCCCCUAAGAAGACCAUCUGCUUCGGUUUGGGCACCCGAGCAUUAUCACAGUCCUCACACAUAUCAAAUGAGAUUUGUGUGGCGCAUAUGUAUUUGGUACCUCCUUGUACUAAUAUCUAUGUGUUAAAAUAAAUAAAUAAAAAUAAACACUAGGACUACUUUAAUGAUACAAAUGUGAUCAUCCGCGGUUUUGUCAUAUUUCACCUUUAAUGAUUGUGUCGUAUGGUCGUAUCAUAUCGCAAGUCAAACUGAUGCUCACAAUCCUCCUCUUUUAACCCAUAAUUGGACACUGCGGUUUCAUGUUUUGCAGUUUUCAAAGUAUCAGACUUCGUGAACAAUCACUUCAUUAGCUCUAACAGUAAACGGAAUAAAAUCACUAGCCAGUUUAGCUAGUAAUUUCCGACUGUUAUCCUUGAAAUUGUCACUACGAACUCUGUUCAGUUUCACAUUUAGUCCUCAUUCAACCACUUUGCUUAGUAUAUAAUACAGUAAAACGGUUCCUCCAUAUAUAUUGUCAAGUAAUAGCCUCAGUUAUUGUCAUAUCACUUCUGUUACAAACCCAGUAUAUGAAUCUUACAUGAUAAUUUACAAUUGGUCCUGAAUUUUGAAUCAGUACUGUAGAGUUUUUGAUCUUUACAGGCUUUCAACAUCAGUCUUUUGUAAAUCCUAUUUCUGUUCAAAUGAUAUUUAAUCCAAAGUUCUCAUUCGAUACUCCUGAUGUCACACCAGUUGUGGAUGCUCAAAAUCUAUCAUCUACCCAUAUAUCAAUUAAUAGAUUAGUAGAUACCUUAAUAGAAACCUAUCGCAAAGACAUAUGCUCCGACGAAAGUGUUGAAGUUUGCAGCGAUGCUAUUCCACCAGGAGUUUUAGAAGAUGAAAGUUCCACUACUCAGUUUACAGACGUCGUUCGAGAUAAAGGUAAUCGCGUUCGCAAGAAAAAGGAUGAGUCAGAAAAAUUUAAUUUUGCUCGUGCUGUUACAAAAUACAAGCAGGUGUCGUCAUUUAUAGAACUCAGUUUAGCUAAACCAUUACUUAAAUCACUUACUGAAAUGUCCUUAGACAAACCAACUCCUAUCCAGUGCGCAUGCAUCCCUGUUGCCUUACUUCACCAUGACAUAUGUGCUUGUGCCAGGACAGGGUCCGAGACUAGCAAAAAGCCAACUGAUUUUAACCAUGCAGUUACUCGGGCCCUUGUGAUCAGUCCGACUAGGGAGUUAGCUGUGCAGAUUUUCAACGUCGCCGAAAAGCUAGUUAAAUAUUGUCCAAAGCUCAGGAUUCAGUUAGCGGCUGGAGGACUUGAUUUACACUCACAGGAGGCUUCCUUGAGAUUGAAUCCUGAUUUGGUAAUUGCAACACCGGGACGUCUGAUCGACCACCUCUCAAAUGCUCCUAGUUUUAACUUACAACACAUCGAAUACCUUGUAUUGGAUGAGGCUGACAAGCUUUUAGACGAAUACUUUGCAGAGCAAAUAGGAGAAAUUAUUAAAUUCUGCAGCACAAAACGACAGACCUUGCUAUUUUCUGCUACAAUGACGGAAAGUGUUAAAGAACUUGCUAUACUUUCGCUUCGCGACCCAGUACAAAUAUUCCUCAAUCAAGCAACUGCUGUAGCCCAAUGUUUACAUCAAGAAUUUGUUCGCAUCCGUCCACAUAGAGAGGAUGAUCGACGAGCGAUCGUCGUAGCCUUGCUGAUGCGUCAUUUUCGUAAACGGACCAUAGUUUUCUUACCUACUAAGAAGGAUUGUCACAAAAUGCAUAUUAUGUUAGGUUUACUUGGUCUUUCAUGUACUGAGUUACAUGGCAAUAUGACACAAGCACAGAGGUUGGAGGCUUUGAAGCGUUUCUCGUAUGUUGGUGAAAGUGAUGAAUGUAAAAAUAAAAGCGCAAUUGAUCAGCUUUCUGAAAUGAAUAAACAUGAUAUACGCCCUGUUGAUAUUCUUUUGGCAACUGACUUAGCAUCAAGAGGUUUGGAUAUUCCCAAUGUACAAACAGUUAUCAAUUAUACUUUACCUCAAACUAUGAAACAGUAUGUACACAGAGUUGGUCGUACCGCUAGAAUUAUGAAUGUUGGUCGAGCAGUGUCUUUAGUGGGUGAGGAUGAUCGCAAAGUGAUGAAAGAAAUAAUGAAACAAGCACCUUAUCCGGUUAAAGCACGAGUUAUAGCAUCAGAUGUUAUUACUACUUAUCAGUCCAAAAUUACUCGCUUGGAACCUAUAAUUGGAAAAAUCUUGGCUGCAGAAGCUGAGGAGCGAGAAUUGAGGGCCGCUCAAAGUCAACUAUCCAAGGCUGAGGAGUUAGUUACUUGUAUGAAGUCUGAAACGGCACCGCUCUCAUGUGUGGAAAGGAGAGUAGACUGGUUCGCUGAACGUAAACGUGAUAAGAAGACUAUUGGUCGAAUUUCCAUAGAGAUCACACUGCUGGCUUUUGCAGAGAACUGCCAAUCGCGCUAGGCUCCCCCAGGAUAAGCAAGUACCUGUUGGAUUAAUUGUUUGGUCCAAACAUGUCCAUGGUAUUUACUUUCAAAUUGAGCUCCGUCUUUUUGAUUAAACUCUCCUGUACUUAGCAAAUACUCAAAACAUGGCCGGAGUAUAAACAUGUUUUAAGAGAGAAUUGAUUCUUUUAUUGACCCUCAACAAGUCUUUAGAUCAGUGUACAGUGAAUCACUGGUUCACCAAAUCAGCGUGGUAAGGUUUUUGGGAAUGACCGGGGUUAGAUCUUUUAUUCAUAUCCUGGAGAAACAGAAUACGCUUUUAUCUCAUUCAACAAGGUUUGAGUGUUGAAAGCUCCAAAAUAUUUGUGGAACGACUUCAGGAAAGCAAUAAUAUAUCGUAAAAUGAGGUUGUCAGCAUUGGUUGCUCAUCAAAGAAAACAUGAGAUCGGAAUUUAUAACGGGGAGAACUGUUAACUGAGAAUAAUAUUAACUCCUAGCAAUUAACAGGAAAAUCUACACAACGAUCAUAUCACAUUAACAGACCAGCUUAUUUUGAUCGUGCAAUGUUGACUAAAUUCCCGUCAGUCUGUAUUAAAAACACCUAAAUGCUUUAAGAGGCAAGUCGUUAUGCUCCCAUAUACUGGUGUCGUCAUAAAUAGUUAUUUUGAUUGCUAUUUAGUUCACAGGGUUACAUCUUCGAUAAACACAACCUCGUAAAUCGUUUGGGUUGAGAUAUACAUAAUCUUAAAUAGGUUGCCGUAUAUCUAGCUGAGAAUAUGCAGGUGGGCAGUAUGCUCUAUGAAAUGUAAUUACAAAUUGAUAAUGCUAUACAGGUUUAAAUACAAAGCCCGUUUAGUGUGUGAAUAGUAAUACUACUUAACUUUCUAAGCUAAUGUAUGGUAAAUUAGAGAAUGGAUUUCAUUUUAUAGCAUUUUUAUAAACUAUAUUUAAACUAAUACCGAGACACUACACUUUCUCAAAAGACACUGAAGCUUCUGAAAUCAAGUUGUUUCUGGAUAGGAUUAGAGACGAUUUUACAAAGAAAAUUUAUUUUUUACGAUGACAUCUGCUGAAGCUACUAGAACAUAGUGUAGCAAUGGGUCGCGAAUUGUUAGAAAAUAUCUAAUACCAGAAGUAGGUUCUAUAAUAAAAAAGACGUUGCGAUGAAGAUAGUUUAUAGCUGAGGGAUAAUUGCUCGCUACAUGAACAUGAAGAAUUGAGUAGUUUGUUGUUGUAAUAAUAGCUUAUUAAUAAUUAUGAAGAACUGAUGAAUCAGUAGGAACUGUCUAUUGAGUAUGGAAGGGGACAAGAAACGAGGUAGAACAUAUUGCUUUUGUACAUGGAUUAAGCUCAUAUUUGCGGACUGUUUGUAUUUCCUUCGAACCAAUUUGUUUGACUCUAUGAAUGGUCCUAAAAGAGAUUUUUGGUGGAGCAACGUGACCAGAACUUACAAGAUGUUCCGCAAUCGAACCAUUGACUGAGUUGGGUACCAUCUUGACAAUAUAUUACCCCACAUAUUCAUUGUGAACGGUCAAGGUUGUGAAAACGUGACUAACUGGGGUAACUACCAGCUGAUUGCAAAGAUAUUGGUUGGCAUAUGUAAGUUUUAGGACUGAAAUAUCCACUACACGUAUGUUAAACUGUUUUCAGCAUCGCGUUUCUCUGCUAGCAGUAAUGGUUAGAUUAAAAUUAGCCCUAAUGGUUUUCUUAAAAACUCUGUUAAUGGUUCUCUUAUUACAUUGUUUUCAGAACUCAAGGUGUCUCAGUCGAAAA